AUGUUCUCCAAAAUCGUAGCUCUUUGCGGAUUGGUGGCGGUGUGCCAGGCUGGUCUCCUGCCCGCCCCUGUGCACUACUCCUCUGCUGCCGCUGUCUCCUCCCAGAACAUCGUGCGUCACGACCAGUCUGCCCAGCACGUCGCCUACCACGCUGCUCCCGCCGUCGCCUACCACGCCGCCCCCGCUGCCGUCGCCUACCACGCCGCCCCCGCUGCCGUCGCCUACCACGCUGCUCCUGCUCACUACUCUUCAGCUGCUGCCGUGUCUUCCCAAAACAUCGUGCGUCAUGACCAGCCUGCCAAGCAUGUAGCCGUUGCUGCCCCAGCUGUGGCCUACCACGCCGCUCCUGCCGUCGCCUACCACGCUGCCCCCGCUGUGGCCUACCACGCCGCUCCCGCCCCUGUUGCCUACCACGCCGCUCCCAUCGUUGCCCACGCUGAAGAGUUCGACGCUCACCCCAAAUACGAGUACAACUACUCCGUAGCUGACAGCCACACCGGUGACAACAAGUCCCAGCAGGAGUCCCGCGACGGUGAUGUCGUGAAGGGCUCGUACUCCUUCCACGAAGCCGACGGCUCCGUCAGGACUGUGGAGUACUCCGCCGACGACCACAGCGGCUUCAACGCCGUGGUGCACAACUCCGCGCCCACUGCCGCUCCCGUGCACGUCAAGGCCGCUCCCGUCUACGUCGCGCCUGCUCACUACAUCCACCAUUAA